UCUGUGGCUUCAGGGCUCGGAGAGAGGGAGGGUGGCAAAGAGAGUGAGUCGGUGCCGCCGCCUGCCCGAGGAGAGAGGAGGGGUCCCGCCUGCCCUGCGCACUUCGCGGGCCGAGAGCGUUAGGCACCCGCGAGCCUCUGAGGCCUCCCGGCCCCUGGGGACCCCGCCCCGCAGCCCGCCGGCCGGCCCGCGGCCUCUCUUCCCUUUGUGAGCGCCCCCUUCCCAGGGGUGGUGGUGGUGGCCGAGGACUGCGCGUGGGCCCGCCCGCCAAGGGGCCGCCGCGGGGGACCGAGAGGGCCUCGGCUGUGUGAGGACGGGAGGCGGCCGAGGCCCGGGACGGUUCCCCCGAGGCGGCGGCGGCGGCUGCGGCGGCAGCUCCCGGCACUUCCCCGCGCCAUCUUAGCUGAGCCCAAGCUCUGAGGGCGCCUCUUCGACCCCGGUCGUCCCCUCGCCCCCCCCACCCCCUUGCCCCUUGUCGCAGAGCUUGGGCUGGGCGGCUCACUGGGGCUCCGGGGUGGGGGGGGCGGCGGUCUGUCGCCGGGCCCCCUCCUCCUCCUCCUCUUCCUCCUCCUCCUCUUCACUCCUUGCCCUCCAGCGUAGCGGCCACCGGAGAGCUGCAGGGGGCUGUGCCUGCCUACCCCGCCCCAGACCUGUCGGCGAAAGGGUGCAUCAGCAGGGAGCUGGAUUGGAAGUGAAGCAGCUGGGACUCAAACCAGCACCCACAUGGGAUGCUGACACUGCAGGUGGAGUUGCAGAACUGACAGAAAGGGGUAGGGGCGAUACAUCGUCCAUCUACUGAUUCCCUCCCCAAAUGGCCACAACAUCUCGUACUGGGCCGGGCUGAAUCCAGGAGCCAAGAACUCCAUCCAGCCAUGUGGGUGGCAGGGACUCAGUAGUUUAUGUCAGCGUGGCUUCAUUCAUACAGAUGAACCAAGGAUUGGGAUAGCAAUAUAAAAUUAGAAUCAGACAGCUGACUGCCCAGCAGGAUGCCAUCAACUAACAGAGCGGGCAGCCUAAAGGACCCGGAAAUUGCAGAGCUGUUUUUCAAAGAAGAUCCAGAGAAGCUCUUCACAGAUCUCAGAGAAAUUGGCCAUGGAAGCUUUGGAGCAGUGUAUUUUGCACGAGAUGUGCGUACCAAUGAAGUGGUGGCUAUCAAGAAAAUGUCUUACAGUGGAAAGCAGUCUACUGAGAAAUGGCAGGACAUUAUUAAAGAAGUCAAGUUUCUACAAAGAAUAAAGCAUCCCAACAGUAUAGAAUACAAAGGCUGCUAUUUACGUGAACACACAGCAUGGCUUGUAAUGGAAUAUUGUUUAGGAUCUGCUUCAGAUUUACUAGAAGUUCACAAAAAGCCAUUACAAGAAGUGGAAAUAGCAGCAAUUACACAUGGUGCUCUACAGGGACUAGCCUAUUUACAUUCUCAUACUAUGAUCCAUAGAGAUAUCAAAGCAGGAAAUAUUCUUCUGACAGAACCAGGCCAAGUGAAACUUGCUGACUUUGGAUCUGCAUCCAUGGCAUCUCCUGCCAAUUCUUUUGUGGGAACGCCUUAUUGGAUGGCCCCAGAGGUAAUUUUAGCCAUGGAUGAAGGGCAGUAUGAUGGCAAAGUAGAUGUAUGGUCUCUUGGAAUAACAUGUAUUGAACUAGCGGAAAGAAAGCCUCCUUUAUUUAAUAUGAAUGCAAUGAGUGCCUUAUAUCACAUAGCCCAAAAUGAAUCCCCUACACUACAAUCUAAUGAAUGGUCUGAUUAUUUUCGCAACUUUGUAGAUUCUUGCCUCCAGAAAAUCCCUCAAGAUCGUCCUACAUCAGAGGAACUUUUAAAGCACAUGUUUGUUCUUCGGGAGCGCCCUGAAACAGUGUUAAUAGAUCUCAUUCAAAGGACAAAGGAUGCAGUAAGAGAACUGGACAAUCUUCAGUAUCGAAAGAUGAAGAAACUCCUUUUCCAGGAGGCACAUAAUGGACCAGCAGUAGAAGCACAGGAAGAAGAAGAGGAACAAGAUCAUGGUGUUGGCCGGACAGGAACAGUGAAUAGUGUUGGAAGUAAUCAGUCUAUUCCUAGUAUGUCCAUCAGUGCCAGCAGCCAAAGCAGUAGUGUUAACAGUCUUCCAGAUGCCUCAGAUGACAAGAGUGAGCUAGACAUGAUGGAAGGAGACCACACAGUGAUGUCUAACAGUUCUGUCAUCCAUUUAAAACCUGAGGAGGAAAAUUACAGAGAAGAAGGAGAUCCUAGAACAAGAGUAUCAGAUCCACAAUCUCCACCCCAAGUAUCUCGUCACAAAUCACACUAUCGUAAUAGAGAACACUUUGCUACCAUACGGACGGCAUCACUGGUUACAAGGCAGAUGCAAGAACAUGAGCAGGACUCUGAGCUUAGAGAACAGAUGUCUGGCUACAAGCGAAUGAGGCGUCAACAUCAAAAGCAACUGAUGACUCUAGAAAAUAAGCUAAAGGCUGAGAUGGAUGAACACCGCCUCAGAUUAGACAAAGACCUUGAAACUCAGCGAAAUAAUUUUGCUGCAGAAAUGGAGAAACUUAUCAAGAAGCACCAGGCUGCCAUGGAAAAAGAGGCUAAAGUGAUGGCCAAUGAAGAGAAGAAAUUUCAGCAACAUAUUCAAGCCCAACAGAAGAAGGAACUGAAUAGCUUUUUGGAGUCCCAGAAAAGAGAAUAUAAACUUCGAAAAGAGCAACUUAAGGAGGAACUGAAUGAAAACCAGAGCACCCCAAAAAAAGAAAAACAGGAGUGGCUUUCCAAACAGAAGGAGAAUAUACAGCAUUUCCAAGCAGAAGAAGAAGCUAACCUUCUUCGACGUCAGAGACAAUAUCUAGAGCUAGAAUGCCGUCGCUUCAAAAGAAGAAUGUUACUUGGGCGUCAUAACUUGGAGCAGGACCUUGUCAGGGAGGAGUUAAAUAAAAGGCAAACUCAGAAGGACUUAGAGCAUGCCAUGCUUCUGCGACAACAUGAAUCCAUGCAAGAACUGGAGUUCCGCCACCUCAACACAAUUCAGAAGAUGCGCUGUGAGUUGAUCAGACUGCAGCAUCAAACUGAACUCACUAACCAGCUGGAAUAUAAUAAACGAAGGGAACGUGAACUAAGGCGAAAGCAUGUCAUGGAAGUUCGACAACAGCCUAAGAGUUUGAAGUCGAAAGAACUCCAAAUAAAGAAGCAGUUUCAGGAUACCUGUAAAAUCCAAACCAGACAGUACAAAGCACUAAGAAAUCACCUGCUGGAGACUACACCAAAGAGUGAGCACAAAGCUGUUCUAAAACGGCUCAAGGAGGAGCAGACCCGGAAGUUAGCCAUCUUGGCUGAGCAGUAUGACCACAGCAUUAAUGAAAUGCUCUCUACACAGGCUCUACGUUUGGAUGAAGCACAGGAAGCAGAGUGCCAGGUUUUGAAGAUGCAGCUGCAGCAGGAACUGGAGCUGUUAAAUGCAUAUCAGAGCAAAAUCAAGAUGCAAGCUGAGGCACAACACGAUCGAGAACUUCGGGAGCUUGAACAAAGGGUCUCGCUCCGCAGGGCACUCUUAGAACAAAAGAUUGAAGAAGAGAUGUUGGCUUUACAGAAUGAACGCACAGAAAGAAUACGAAGCCUGCUGGAGCGUCAAGCCAGAGAAAUUGAAGCUUUUGACUCUGAAAGCAUGAGACUAGGUUUUAGUAACAUGGUUCUUUCUAAUCUCUCCCCUGAGGCAUUCAGCCACAGCUACCCAGGAGCUUCUGGUUGGUCUCACAAUCCUACUGGGGGUCCAGGACCUCAUUGGGGUCAUCCCAUGGGUGGCCCACCACAAGCUUGGGGGCAUCCAAUGCAAGGUGGACCCCAGCCAUGGGGUCACCCCUCGGGGCCAAUGCAAGGGGUACCUCGAGGUAGCAGUAUGGGAGUCCGCAAUAGCCCCCAGGCUCUGAGGCGGACAGCUUCUGGGGGACGGACGGAGCAGGGCAUGAGCAGAAGCACGAGUGUCACUUCACAAAUAUCCAAUGGGUCACAUAUGUCUUACACAUAACUUAAUAAUCGAGAGUGGCAAUUCCGCUGGAGCUGUCUGCCAAAAGAAACUGCCUACAGACAUCAUCACAGCAGCCUCCUCACUUGGGUACUGCAGUGAGGAGCUGAGUGCACAUGGUAUAUUUUAGUCAUUUUUGUAAAACGUUCUGUUUUGUGUUUACUGAUUGGGAUGUCAUAGUAUUUGGCUGCCGGGUUUUGUUUUGGUUUUUAAACUUUCGGGGAAUUUUUGGAAAGGGGAAUUGGUAUUAAACAUAUGAAUGCAUGUGUGUGUGUGUGUUUAUACACGCACUCCUAUACACACACAUCAUGCAUGUGGUGCAAAGAAAUUGGCUACAUAGGGGGUAUUUUCUGAACACUGCAAAAAAUAAAAUGCAGCAAAGUGGAAGUUUGUGAAAAGAUCUAAGCCUUCCUCUUUAUCCCAAAUUCGUAUGAACCACUCACAGCAAGCAGCAUUUGCUGAGUAAGUUAUUAUGGAACACCCUGCAUCCCCUCACCAGUGUAUUUUCUUUAUUAAAUUUAUUUGACUUCUCAGCCUCAUUUGGAGUAACUAAAAGAAAUCCAUAAACACUAAAGGAUUGCAUUGACUUUUUCAGGUGGUAGAAACAACUUAGUUCCUUUUCUGAAUGCUUUGUAGAUUUGUCAGUGAUUUUUGUCCAUUCAGUUGUGCCUUCUUGUGUCACAGUGAAGUGGAAGUGGUUAAGGAGAUGACAAGUUGUGUGGGAAUUGCAUUAACAAACCUGUGAACCUUCAAAGGGGAAGUCCAGAGGGUGAGAGGGGCCUUGGAAAGGUCAUUUGAUGAAUAUGUCUGAUGUCCGAGUGAGGAUAUGAAGCCUGUAUAUCCUGACGUUUUGUUGCUUAAACUGUGAUAUAUCAUCCUAGCAAAGCUCUAGAAUCCCCAAGACCCCAGACAGUUCUUCUGCUUUAUACAAUAACAAAGAUACACAGCCAAUAUACAUUGAAUGCCAGAGGUAUUUGAAUGAUGCCAUAUUUGCAAAACUGCCAUGUAUUGAAAUUCUCGUCACACUACUUCAACAUAAUUUGUUUAUCCCCUUUGGCUUAUGGGAUUUCCUGUUUACAAGUAGAAUAGCCAAUUAUUUAAAUCUUUAGUUGCCAUAGUGAACCAGGAGUCACUGAGCCAAUGACUUUACCAGCUGCUGACUGAUCCUCAUCACCACUGUAAAUUUUUGUCACAUGCGCAGGUCCUCCUUCCCCCCCCCCCCUAGUUGCUAUUUUUGUUGCUGCAGUACUUUACAAACUUCUAGUUCAUUGAGACUUAGUGACUAUUUGGCAUCAUAUUAACAUCACACAAUAGGAAACACCACUUCCAGAAGUCUCAAGCCUCAGUGCUGAAGUACUACUGAAAAGGAACUAGGAAGUUUGGCAAAUUAAAAAAAAGGGGGGAAUGGGUGGUUAUUGUGGUCAGGGAAUCUCUUGACAAAAAGUAACAUUAUUUGGGGAGGGAAGGGCAGCAUAUUUUGUUUUGUUUUACAAUGAAGGAUCAACCCAAUGUUGAAAGCGGGUGUUACUUGGUAUUCUAUUACUUGUAUGGAAAUUGAAUUGGAGUUAGGUGGGAACUGUGAAUAUGACUUAAAGGAAAAGGAUGUCCAUUUCAGUGACAGAUUGGAGUUUCUUACAAGUUCUUGUCCUCUGCCCAGUUGUCUUGAAGGGUCUUUGCUGCUAACACUGGAUCCUGCUUUUCAUAUAGUCAGAGAGCUCCAAGGUAGAACUAAAUCUCUCUCUCUCAAUAAUAUUCUUCAUUUAGACCAAACUAAUGACCAAAUAAUAAUCUAUCACUGUUGAAGUCUUGGUUUUUCUUAACUGAAUUUUAAAUCUCCAGGUAUGUCAGCCCAGUCUCCACAAGUCUGCUCCUUUAAGAGUUUCUGACAUUGAUUUGAAGGUAACUGGAAGAAAUAUUAAUAUUUUAGUGUAAAUAUUUUUAAAACCAAGAUUACAGUGGAAUUUACACACAGUUUUAGAGUGUUCCCUGUAACACUCUGAUUUACUAUCCUGGUGGCCAUCCUUCAGGUGGUCACUGUUAUAUAAACAUGAAUGAAAUGUAAAAGAGAUUUUUUUUUCCUACUAUCUUUUUUGCAUUCAAAGACAAGUUAACAUACAAUGUUUGGAACAAAUUGAGAAAUCUACCUAUUUGGAGUAAAAUAAUUAGAGAGCUUUACAAUUUACUAAAAUGCUCAAAAAGUAUAAUGGAAUUUGAUAUCUUUAAAGUAAUUCUUCAUAUAUCUGGCCCCUCUGUACUACUAGAAAAAUAAAACAGGGAAACAGGUCAGUUUUGUGUGCAAAACUCUUUAAAUCCCAAAUACUACCAGUGAUACAUUUUAAAAUAAAGUUGUGAAUGUAAAUUAGUGAAACUGAAUUACUGAGCCCAUUCAGAGUAAUAUGUAUUUAUAAAAAAGCAUGAUUGAAUCUUGACUCCAAAUGUCUGUCCAGUAGGGCUUUCAUUUAAUUGUGUGGUAACCAGUUUUACAUAUAGGUCAGGACUAUUAAUCCAGAUUUAUACUAUUAAUUUUAAUUCAAAUAUAUAUAUAGUUUGCAAAAAUGAUUCAAAUGAAUUGGUUUGUGUGUGUUUAUAAGAUCUGACUUCUAAGGGAUCUCAUACGUAGUAGGAAUCAUCAGAGAGUAAUGCUUGUAGCAGGAAAAUUUGAAAGGUUUUGAGAUUUCCUAAAGAAAGAGUAAGCACUUUGCUCAGUCAGUGUGCAAAUCUCAACAUUUGAUCAAAUUAACACUACCUCCUUCCCAGUGUUGGUGUUAACUCAUUAUAUGUUUAAGAGAAAUAAAAAUGUGGGAAAUAUGUAUACCAUAUCAUAAGUUAUAAAUGCUAUAUCUGGUAUCCAGAGCCUGACAGUAAAAAGUUUCUUGUGUUUGCUCCCUCUCCCUUUUUUGAGGUUAGCAUUUUAAAAAUGCAAAUCCUCUUAAAUGAAUAAAUUAUCUCUAAUUGGAUUCCCUUCCCUUUGAAUGUGUUUUUUCCUCCUUAUUAAAGUCAGCUCUGAUCCCAAAUUAUAGUAUCUGAUAAUAUUGUCCUUACAUAGAUAAUGUUAGCUGAAAACUGUGUUUAUAUGGUUUUUAUUCAGAGCUUCUAUUCUUUUUAGUAAUUUCUGUACCUAGAGAUGAAUAGUCCUCCAUUUGAAGCUGCACUCACGGAAGCAACAUGCUUCAUAAUCUCAAGUCAAGGAUUUAUUGAUAAAUUGAAGUGUUUAACAUAGUCCUUAUUACUUUUGGCUGCCUAGACAUCAGGUAAAUACCAUUCAGUCCACUAAAGAAACUAUCCUGGAUACUCCCUCCAACUCCAUGAAUUUUUCCUCACCCUCUUUUCAAAAACUGAAAAAUUAUGAGUAUCUUUUUCAGACCAUAAGGCAGACUUUAGUUACUUUCUGCUUCUGUAAGUACUAAAUGUCUAGCAUUUUAAACUUUUAUAGAAUACAUGUGUUGGACACUGGAAUAAUACUAUUUAUUUUCACCUGUGAAAAAUAACUUCAUUGUACUUGAAACACCUCCUUUGCAUUUCUCCAUUUGUGCCAUUCACUAGUGGAAAUAAAUUGUAUUAUACCAUCAUCUACUGGCUUUUUAAAACUGUUUAAUAUGCACAUUUUUGGUAUAGCUAUUAUCAUUUGUAUGUAUAUAUUGUAUAUACAUAUGAGUGUCUAUAUGUGUAUAGAUAGAUGGAUGUAACUCAUACUGUACAUUUCCAUCAGGGCGCUUAAGGUUCUGUUGUUUUUGUUUGGUUUUGUUAUUUCAGUCCUCAGUUAAGGCAAGAAUGCCAGUGCUUCUUACAAAUGAGUACUCUCGGUUGAUAUUUAUGAGAAGGUGAUCAUUAGAUGCAAUCUUUUCCUUUUUAAUCCCCUCUUAAAACUUGUGUGAGUGAAGAGAAAGUUAAGCAGAAUAUGGAACCAUAAUUUGCAAUUUAGUAAAAUAGUGCUGGGGAAGGAGCCAUUUCAUGUUGUGAUUCAAUAAAAGAUAAGUGAUGCAGAGAGAAAUGAACCAUAGCAAGUUAAGAACACUGAUGGUGAUUCCUCUGCAAAGAUGAUUUAAAAACCAAUAAAUCACAACCUUCUAUGUAGUCUCUAUACAUACUUCUUAGUAGUGAUGCCAUUGAUCCUCCUAUUAUUUUAUUCCAUUAAUAUUAAUAAUUAUAUAUUUUGGUGAGGAUCAGAAGAGCAAAGAGAAAUACUGCUAAAGUAUCUAACAUUCUCCUAAACUGUAAAGUCUACAGGAAAUGGCCACUGGGAGAGAAAAAUAUGGUAUUGGUGUGAGGUGCUUUCUCCUUUUAGCUGCCUCCUCUUGCUUGCUAAUAGUAAGUUCUUUGUGCACCUUCUACCCAUUCUGAGCCACUAUUAUUCAAGCAGAGAUUUGGCCCAACACAGCAAUCCUUUCCUUGGAGGCUUAUAUAGUCCUGUGUUUUGUCCCAGCUCACAAUGUGAAGUGUCUUAGUGUGUAGUCAAGUCAGAAAAUAAUGUAUGUAAGGUAUAUAAGUGUGAAUCUUCCUUACUGAUGGAAGAAGAGGAUUUCAUUUUGUAGAUAGAAAAGAGCCUCUCUAAGGAGCAGGGUCAAAACUUGGGCUGUCAUCUUCGAGCUGCUUACCAAAAUACAGAUCGUUAUUGAAGAGACACAAAAUCGGUUUUGUUUUCUCCAUCUAACUUAAGUGUCCCAACCAGGUUGUAGCACUGCCUUUUAAAAGGCAUUUACUCAUUCUUAGUUGUUAAGAACUGGACAUUUCCCACCCUCAGAUUCCUUAUAGAGUGAAGAGUGUUCUGUACACUUAGCAGACUUGCCUCUUGUAUGCAAGGACUACUGAUUGAAGUCUGUUUUGCUGUGUGUGGUUAUGUUGUCUGCACUUUGAUGAAAUCACUACAAAUAGGUCUACAUUGGAAAUGACUUUUAGUUUUAUUAAACACUGUCUGGAAAAAGAAAGUGAAGCUGAGAAAUCUUCCUUUAUUGUGCAUUUGUAUUUUCUACUGAAUUCUGGUAGCCCCUGUAAAGUCAAGUUGACUAAUUUUUUCCUCAUUUUUAUUUAGACUUCAAAAUUUCAUUCACACAAAGGGACAGAACCCAUUUGGCCUAAGAGUAGGCUUCAGAUCAUAAGAAAUUUUAUAAAUUAGUAUGCACCUUAUCUGCCUAUUGUGGGUUUCUUAAACUUGCACUUCCACCCACCCAUAGAUAUCCUUUAGAGAGAAUAAAGGCAGAGAAUUAUUGGGGAGCCAUUUACUAUGUCACCAUCACUGUUUGCCAGCUAUCCAAAUUUUGUGAAGCUUCCAAGAUUUGUGUGUGUGUAUGUGUCUGUUGGAGUGUAUUUUUUAUUUUGUUUUAAAUACAAAGGGUUCUUUAAAAAAAGAAAAGGGUUAAAUUUGCUCUGAAAUGGCAGGAUGCCCACCAAACUUAGAAGUCUGAACAUCUGUAGGUAGUUUGCCAUGAAAAGUGCAAAGUGUGAUGUUAUGAGUGAAUGAAGAAGGGUAUCAGUGCCCAAGGAUUUCCCCCAAAGUACGGGUAAUUCAACCUGCACAGUUUCCUUUCACUCAUAGUUUUUAGCAAUUAUGAGUGAAAAAUCCUGUAAUUAUCUGUAAAUAUGUAGCUAACAAAUUGACUUAGUUUCUGUAUUUUUUUGUUUUUGUACUAAAGUUUAUAGCUCUGUGCCCCUUAGAGAGGAGUUGCUGUCAUUGCCAGUUGUGGUCCUAGCAUCUAAUCCUGAAAUCAUCCUAGGUGACAUUUUUAGAAUUAAUGCCUAAGUGUUGUUACACAGGGAGAAAUGAAGCUUAAUCAUUGGUCAGGUUUGAAGUCUUUUAAAGCGAAAUAAUUUUAUUUAAUAUAAUGAUUACAUGUCCUCAGUCAUGAAUGAGGUAAGGAACCGCCCUCCCCCAGUGGCCAUGUUUACAGAAGUGUGUUUUGUCUGUGAAGUGCAAGUGUUUGAAUGUUGAUGUAAAUUAUGCAAGUGAUAACAUUAUGGUUUGGGACUGUUUAUUGGGCUCUGUAACUGAAUUUUCAAAUGAAAUGAACUAUGCUUAUUGCUGGCACAUUGAUCCCAUUUCUGGAGCAUUUGUCCUGAUUCCAGAGCUACAUAGAUUCCUUUUGCAUUAUCCCCACUUAACCUCCCUUUCUGUGAUAUGCCUUGUAGCCAAGGUACUGAAGACUGGUGACCAUAGCUGAGGGAAAUGCAUUUCGUAAAAAUCCAUAAACCCUCAACUGUAUGCUUUCAGUAUUUGUGUUUAUAUGUUUCUAUGGCAACUCUGAGGUCAGUGGUUUAGAAAUGAGAUACCAAUGUUAAUGAAAAGUGUGUACUCUUUGCUUUUGCAUGGCUUGGCUUAGUAUCCAAGGUAUAUUAGGGCCACUUGAAAGCAUGAAGACCAGUUAUAUGGGAACAGGUUUCUCUCAGUGGCACAUUUUGCUUUUUCUGAGCCCUCAAAGACAUUGCCUAGGCAUGAACAUUACUGUUAUUAUAAAUUGCACAUGGUCAUGGAGUGAAUAAAAAGGGUAUGAUUAAAAAGGAUGUAACUGCCUAACACUUGCAGAUUCUGGCUGGUCUUUGUGGCGAUUUGGCACAUAUUAAAAGACCUAGGGGAUAUUAGAUCCCUUCUAACCCUUUUUCCUUUUUUUGGUCAUAGUCAAGUACAUUUAGUUUAUAAGGAUGUUGGCUGCCCAUGGUGUAUUGCCACACAGCCUUCUCUGGGUGCCCAUUCCAAAUGUACUCUUCUCUUUCCUUGCAUUUCAUAGUAUCAAAGAAACCACCACCCCUUCUUCCUAAUAGCAUUUUAUGAUUCUUAUUCCACAUUCAAUGGGAAUUGUGCCUAUUUAGAGUGCCCCUCUAAUAAAUUACAGAUGUCCCAAAAUAAUCCAAGCCAGAGACAUAAGGUGGGAAAACAUUUCAAAAAAAAGAAAAGUCCACUUGAGGCCAGUAAUUUACCUGACAAGGUAUUUUACCCCAGUAUCUUGACACUUGAGGAAUGAGCCUAUUAAGAGUUACAAGUGGUUUCCUAGAGUAAAACCUAAAUGAGGAGGGAUGUGUGGGGUUUCUAUUAGGAUGUAAGUUUGUUCUUAUUUUACCUUUUCUUUUAUGAUCUUUUCCCGCUAGGUGAAAACAGGUUAAUUCAUCAUCAUCUUUUUUUUUCUUUUUUAGUAUUUUCUAGGGAAAUUUCUACAAAAGCAAUGGUCUGAUGUAAAUAACAUUUUAAAGUAUAGUGCACAUAACUUCCCAGACUGUUCAAAUCGGAUAAUUUGUAAAUGCUUUAGAGUUUUUUAAAUUAACACUUGUGUUGCUAAAUCCUAUUUAUGUAAGUCUGCUAAGAUUUUUAACCCACUUAAAACUUCAAACAAACAUUUAAAUAAUGGAUGGGUUACUAUGAGCAAUUGAGCUUUCAGAACCCCCAUGUUUUAGUUUAUGAAAUGGUGUAAUGCGCAUUAAUGAGGUUGGAGAGACUAUGAGAAAUAUGUAUAGUGUAUAUUUUAAAACAGCUUUGCUUGUAUUGUGAAGAUUUAAAAACAAACUUGAGAUUUUUAACAUAACUAUUAACACAGUUUUAACAUAAGUUAUCCCACUGGGUUUAAGAGCAUCUUGAAUGUAUAAUCCUUUUUGUAACCCAGGUUGGUUUCUGCUUUUACCAGUCAUCCAAACAUAUUAUUUAUGUUUUUAGUUUUAUGUACUCAUUUCCCUUUGUUUUUCUCAAACAGCAUGAUUUUUUUGCACAUGUAGAAAUUUUUAAAAAGAAAAACUAAUACAUCAUUUUCUCUGGAUUUUCUUCACUUCUAUCUUCCCUUCUACUAACCCUUCCUUAAAGGCCAUAUCACUCCAUUUGCAUUAUUUGUGCAAAUGCCAGGGUUGGUUUUUAUUUUUAUUUUUGCUAUUUACCUUUUAAAAAAUGCUUCAGUCGCUUUUUUUAUUUAAAAAAAAAAAAAAAGAAAAAAAGCUGUAACCUUAUCAUUUCUGAGUAGACCAUUGAGAGAUGAAUGCACACCUGAAUAGCCCAGGACCAGCUUUGGUGUCUAAAGGGAAUAUUCUAAGCAAAAGGUUCCUUCCUAGAAGUGGUAUAUAUAUUAUCCACAGUCUAUUUUGGUUAUUCCCACGAGUCAGGGGUCCAGGUAAAAUGAGGGUUAUCAGCUAACUGAUGUUAUCAUUGAGGUUCAUCAAUGAAUUUGUACAUUUCUAGUUCCCUUUGGUGAAGGGAAAAAUGAUGAUUUUGCAAGACCUAGAUUUUGGCUUGGUUUCUUGCCUCCUUUUUUGGCAGCCUUCAUCUUCUCAUCUCCCAAAGCCCUUGAUCCUGUAGGGUUUUCAUGAUGGACGAAGGACCUGUGGUCAUUAAAACUGGGACUGAUUUUUUGGGUGAGAGAGUAUCAUGUUGAAAGUGUGAUGUUCCACCACUUUACCAAUGACUGAUUUUAAAUGUAUGCAGUCCUCUCAAUUUUUGGACCAAACAGAUGCCUACAGUGGAGGCUUAGCAAGGGCUGUGAUGGGGAAGAAGCCUCCCUCCCUGUCCGUGCCAGCUGGCAAAGGCGGCUGUACAGAUGUGCAUUUCCCUUCGGUAGAAAUGGUCCACGGCACUAACUGGUAAGGCUCCUUGUACAGCGUAUUGUCAGUGUUCUUCUGGUUCAGCAUACCUGAUAGUUCAUAUAUAACCUGUAUUAAUUGUAUAGAUUGUGCAUUUAAAGCUGUUACCAAGUUGUCAGAACAUAAGAGCGAAAACAAGGUCAUAUGUAAUAUUUUGUUUGUAAGUAUCCUUUGUAUCAUAGCAAAGGAAAUGUUUAAAAAAAUCAACUGUAAUAAAGUAAUUUUAGUACA